CAGCCUUCUCACCUCGUACCUUGUUUGUAAACUUUCAUCAAGCUCGGUUCUGUUUCGUAGCAAGCUUCUUCCUUUCCAUCGCAUCACUCAAUUCUUCACAUUUCUACAUUUCUACUCUUCACGAUGCCUACUACGACAGCCGAGACACUCUCCUUCGUGAAUAAAAAUGUCACCGUCGCCCCAUUAGUUCUUCUCUCCGUCGUCGACCACUACAACCGAGUAGCAAAAGGCACCAGGAAGCGCGUGGUCGGUGUAUUGCUGGGUCAGAAUGAUGGGAAGAAUGUGCGAGUAUCAAACAGCUUUGCAGUUCCGUUCGAGGAGGAUAAUGACGACCCGUCAGUCUGGUUCUUAGAUCAUAACUACGUUGAGAACAUGAACGAUAUGUUCAAGAAGGUCAACGCGCGAGAGAAGUUAAUAGGCUGGUACCACUCCGGACCCAAGCUACGCGCAUCCGAUCUCGAGAUCAAUGAGCUAUUCAAGCGAUACACUCCCAACCCUCUACUAGUCAUCAUUGACGUCCAACCGAAAGAGUCUGGUGUCCCAACAGAUGCAUACUUCGCAGUGGAGGAGAUCAAGGAUGACGGCACAACCACAUCCAAGACCUUCGUACACACCCCAUCCACCAUCGAAGCUGAAGAAGCGGAGGAAAUUGGCGUUGAGCACUUACUUCGAGAUAUCCGCGACGUAGCCAUUGGUACUCUAUCUACCCGUAUCACAAAUCAGCUUCAGUCACUACAAGGACUACACCUCCGGUUACGCGAGAUCCAGACUUAUCUCCAGAAAGUCCAAGAUGGCAAGUUACCAGUAAACCAUGCGGUCCUAGGCAACCUCCAAGAUAUCUUCAACCUUCUACCCAACCUCUCCACACCCAAACCCAGCGCCGAUGGAAAGGGUGGUAACGUAGGCGAACUAUCAUACGCGAUGAGCGUCAAGACGAAUGACCAGCUCCUCGCCAUCUACCUUAGCAGCUUAAUCCGUGCCAUCACAGCCUUCCACGACCUCAUCGAGAACAAGAUCCAGAACCGGCAACAACAGGAAGAGAAGGAGGCGAAGGAAGAGGCUGCCGCGACGACGGGUAAGGAAGACAAGGAGAAGAAGGAGGGCAGCGUCAACGGUGUCAAUGGUGAGCCGGCAGAGAAGAGUAGCGAAAAGGAAAAGAAGAAAUAGUGAAGUCUAUCACGAAUACGCGGGAUAAUAAAUCACUUCGGCCAUUGUACAUUAUCCAGACUGGGGAGGAAAGGUCCAUUCCGAGGCCAGAGUUCGCCUCAUGCAUGCAUGCUAUCUAUAGACGUUUGAUCAGACUCAUGAUCGCCUG